CCAUGUGUCAGCCGGCGAUCCAGUCCGUGUGUCAGCUGGCAUCCAGUCCGUGUGUCAGUCGGCAUCCAGUCCGUGUGUCAGCCAGCAUCCAGUCCGUGUGUCAGCCGGCGAUCCAGUCAGUGUGUCAGCCGGCGAUCCAGUCCGUGUGUCAGCUGGCAUCCAGUCUGUGUGUCAGUCGGCAUCCAGUCCGUGUGUCAGCCAGCAUCCAGUCCGUGUGUCAGCCGGCAUCCAGUCCGUGUGUCAACCGGCAAUCCAGUCCAUGUGUCAGCCGGCAUCCAGUCCAGGAUCUGUCUUACAAGGAUCGUCACUGGCAUGAUGAAUGCUUCCACUGCUUCAAAUGUCCUCGUUCUCUGGUGGACAAGCCAUUUUCAACCAAGGAUGAGCAGCUACUGUGCACUGAGUGUUACUCUAAUGAGUAUUCCUCGAAAUGCUAUGAGUGCAAGAAGACAAUUAUGCCAGGCUCCAGAAAGAUGGAGCAUAAGGGGAACAGCUGGCACGAGACCUGCUUUACCUGCCAGCGCUGCCAGCAACCCAUUGGUACCAAAAGCUUCAUUCCUAAGGAAAACACUAACUACUGCGUGCCUUGCUAUGAAAAGCAGUUUGCACUGCAGUGUGUGCAUUGCAAGAAGCCAAUCACCACUGGGGGCGUGACCUACCAUGACCAGCCGUGGCAUAAGAACUGUUUCCUGUGCACUGGCUGUAAGCAGCAGUUGUCUGGCCAGCGUUUUACCUCUUGUGAUGACUUUGCCUACUGCCUCAACUGUUUCUGCAACCUGUAUGCUAAGAAGUGUGCUGCCUGCACCACCCCUAUUAGUGGCUUAGGAGGUAGCAAAUACAUCUCCUUUGAAGAGAGACAGUGGCACAAUGACUGCUUUAACUGCAAGAAAUGCUCAAUGUCCCUGGUGGGUCGUGGGUUCCUGACUGAGAGAGAUGACAUUCUGUGCCCUGACUGUGUCAAAGACAUCUGAUCACACAACGCAUUUCCUAACCUUUAACUCUUCUAUCGAAGUUCCAGCUUUAAUUUUUGUCUAAUAAAGGGUUUAUAUACAUAAUAAGUUUUAAAGGGGCUUUCUGUGCAUGCCAGGGUCUAUUAUCAUAAAAAUGUGUAAUAUUAUCUCAGAAAAAAAUGUUUUUUGAACUCUUAAUUUAGAGUUAGUUCAUUGUGAAUGUAAAAUCAAAAGAUUUGGCAAUUUACAUUAUUUGCUUGUUUAUUUUUUUCAUGCUAAUAUUUGUUUUGAAUCAAUUGUAUUUGUCAUUUAUAUCGUUAACAUGUAUUUUCUUCAGCUCCUAAUAAACUCAUUGAA